UCCACAGUGACGCGUUUAAAUGGUGAACAAAACGACACUAUGGCUGGAAUAGAUGCCUGUAUUUGAUUUAAUAUAAAGUAACAGGGCUGACAACAAUUUGUGAAGGUCAUCGUUAAGUGACUUCUUAGCAUAGAAGUAGUACUUCGAAAAAGCUCUUCAAGCAAACAUGCCAGAAAGUGAAGCAGAAGAAAAAACAGACUUUCUUCACCCCUCGUUUAGGAAGAAAAGCGUGUAUCGUUUGGAAUGUGGGUUCUGUGUAGCGAAUCUUUGUAGCAGAGGCAUGAGGGCUGUUCUCUUGGCGGACACAGCGACAGAAAUGUAUUCAACAGAUGAUCCGAUUAAGUGUUCUGUUGAAACAGUCGGAGAAUACUACUGUACAUCAUACUGUUCAUGUAAAGUGAAGGACGUUGCAUGUUUACAAUGCGGGAACAUUGUUGGCUAUCAUGUGUGUUUGCCAUGUAGACAGUGUUUGCUCUCUUGCAAUAAUGGUCAUUUCUGGAUGUUUAACAGUGAUGCUGUUUCUUCCUUUGAAAGACUUAAUAGUAGAGGAAAUGAAAUCCAGACAUGGGGAACGUUGCCGAGUGCUAAAGGAAAAGAUGAUUUAAUUAGUGAUUUAACUUUUUUUGAGGAAUGUUUACGCUGAUGAUACCUACACCAAUUGUUUUAUUGUUCACUUAUAUUUCACUGUUACAUGUAUGUCCAACAUAAUCAAACACUGGCUGUUAAGUUUUGCUACCAUUGACCUUUUUCCAAGCAGAUAAAAAGCUUUCAAUAGACUCUGUACUGUAAAUGCACAUAAUAAAGUUACCAGUAACAUGUGUGAGAAGUAUAUACACAUAACGUUACUUGCUAGAACAGAACAGUGGGUAGUGAAGUGGACAGGCAUAGCCUACUUGGAUGUCCAACUAGUUGGUUAUACCAUACUUCAUGCCUCUCUACUGUAUAUGGGGGGCCUCCGUGGCUCAGUCGGUUAGCGCAGCGUAAUGAUCCAGGAGCCUCACCAAUGCGGUCGCUGUGAGUUCAAGUCCAGCUCAUCCUGGCUUCCUCUCCGGCCGUAAGUGGGAAGGUCUUUCAGCAACCUGCGGAUGGUUGUGGGUUUCCCCCGGGCCGUGCCCGGUUUCCACCCACCAUAAUGCUGGCCGCCGUUGUAUAAGUGAAAUAUUCUUGAAUACGGCGUAAAACACCAAUCAAAUAAAUAAAUAAAUCUACUGUAUAUGUAAUAGCUCAAUUUCCCCAAGAGCAUAGCACAGGCCUAGAUUGUUUUAUUUGGCAGUGAACAGAUCAACAUGUCAAAGGGAAGAUAUUUACCUAUUUGGAAGACAGACUAUUUAUUUUUAUAUAUAAUGUUAAGUUUUUUAGCUAGGGUUCUUAGAAUGUAUGCAAAUAUAUUCUAGCCAAAUAAUACAUUAUAAUGAUCACCCGCUGGUAGUUUGUUAGUAACAUACUGACAUGUGGUACAUGUGUAUAUGCAUUUGUAUAUGGGUGUACCUCUAUCCAAUCACCACUCCCCAUGCUUUGUUUCCAUCAUACUAUUCUAGGCUCAAAGCACCAAAAUGUUACAUGUACUGUAUUACACAUAAAGUUUAGCUUUUUUUCAAGAAAUACAUUUUUCCUUGAUUCAAACAUGUUAUAGGACCGCAAGGUUUUUCUGUUAAGGUAUUAAAUGUUGGCAUGAAAAGUGUCAUUGUGGUUUUUGUGGUUAUAAAAUUGCAUUUUAAGAGGCCAAACUUAUGGUGAAAUACACUACUGCAAUUACUCAAGGUUUACGCCUGUUUGUUUGCUUAUUAAAAUGUUUUAAAUUGCCAAAUUUAACCAUGUACU